AGUGUGCCUCGCGGCGUGCGGGGACUAACGGAUGUUGUAGUCCGGCGGCCUUUCAGGCUGGUCCAGCAACCGGCAGGAUGUCGGAGGUACGGCUGCCACCGUUACGCGCCCUGGACGACUUUGUUCUGGGGCCGGCGCGUCUGGCGGUUCCUGAUCCAUGCGACCCACAACGGUGGUGUCACCGUGUCAUCAACAACCUGCUCUACUAUCAAACCAACUAUCUUCUGUGCUUCGGCUUCACGCUCGCAGUGGCCGGAUACAUGAGCCCGCAACACACGCUCCUUGGCGCUCUGACAAUGGUGGCAGCCCUCGGCAUACUGACGUGGGCAGCCGAGUCCCGUGCAGCCAUACGCCGCUGCCGUCGCAACCACCCUGCUGCCUGCAUGGCCGCGGUGCUGGCCUUCAGCCUCCUGGUUCUCUGGCUCGCCGGCGGCGCUUACACCUUCCUACUCAGCAUCGCCACGCCAGUGCUUCUGAUCCUGGUGCACGCCUCCCUGCGCCUGCGCAACCUUAAAAACAAGAUUGAGAACAAGAUCGAGAGCAUUGGUCUCAAGCGGACACCAAUGGGGCUCAUCCUAGAGGCACUGGGACAAGAGCAGGAGGCUGGAUCCUAGGGGCCUGGGAUCUGUGCCCCAACGUGGAGAGUAUUAACUCCCAACCCCACCCAAGACCCUGAGCCCUUUCCCAGCCCUCAAACUAGUAAUCUAGAGUCCCUUGCCCUGCCCUUGCCCCCCCCCCAAAAAAAAAAAAAAAGAAUAAGACAUCUAUAUCAGCCCUGCCUUGGUCUCAAACUAGGCUAUUCCUUUCUCACACACACACCCAUUACCCCUGGUUCCUGAACCACAGUCUUCCCUAGCCCUAAACUUGGGAACCAAAGCCACCACAUCUAGCCCCAAAUCUGGGGCUUAAGACCACAACAUCCAUGGCCAACAUCAAACUGUGGACCCAGAGACACUCCUAACCCCAAUGUGGGACUGGCCCAUCUCCCAUGCUGAGCCCCAAAGCUGGGGUCUGGGAUAAGGUAUUGUGACAUCUUGAACCAAAGCCCCAUGCUCAGCCCAUCUCUGGGGUGGAGUCAAACAUCCUGACCCUGUUUGAACUUUUGGUCCCAGGUGAUCCCAACCAGUCCCCUUACCAUCCACUCCCUCCCAUGUUCCACAGUGGCCAGGACCAAGGAGUUGAGUGGAGGUGGGGCAUAUAUAUCAGUAUUACCGCAACAAUAAAAGCUGUUGCAUCUUCCAAGGCAA